UACCUCGUUGCAGAGUUCUCAUAAUGUUAUCAAGAUCAGUUUUGAUACUCAAAUGGGUGUUCUUACUGAUAAUCAUAUUAGCAAACGGCAACCCCCCCGAAGAGCCUGUUAAAUGUUCCAACAAUUUUACAAACUGCACCAUUACCAACUCCUAUGGCGCAUUCCCAGACCGUAGCACUUGUCAUGCAGCCGAAGCUACAUACCCAUCAUCUGAAGAAGACAUUGUCUUAAUAGUUGCAAACGCUACGAGAGAAAAAAGAAAGAUGAGAGUAGCUACACGUUACUCGCACAGUAUACCAAAGUUGGCUUGUCCCGAUGGUGAGGAUGGGCUCAUUAUCAGUACGGAGAAUCUUAACCGUAUUAUUAAUGUAGAUAAAGAAAAAAUGCUUGUUACCGUAGAGAGUGGUGUAACAUUGAUGCAACUCAUUGAUGAAGCUGCAAAAAGUGGGUUGGCUUUACCUUACACUCCUUAUUGGUGGGGCUUGACGAUUGGUGGUCUUUUAGGCACAGGUGCACACGGUAGCACCCUUUUGGGCAAUGGUAGCGCAAUUCAUGAUCAAGUGGUUCAAAUGCGGAUUGUCACACCAGGAAGCCAGGAAGAUGGUUAUGCUUCAGUGAGAACUCUAAAAGAAGAAGGUGAGCUUGAUGGUGAGAUAAUGGCAGCCAAGGUUUCUCUUGGAGUACUUGGAGUCAUUUCUCAGGUGACUUUAAAGUUGCAACCCAUGUUCAAGAGAUCUGUUACCUUCUUACCAAAAAAUGAUACGGACUUAUCAGAUCAAGUCGCCACUUUUGGGAGACAACAUGAGUUUGCGGACAUGACAUGGUACCCGAGUCAAAAACGAGUUGUUUAUCGCAUUGAUGAUCGAGUUUCCUCCAAUGUCUAUGGAAAUGGGCUCUGGGAUCACCCUGGUUUUCAAGCUACCCCUUCACUUGCACUCCUUACCUUACGAUUGACAGAGGAACUCGAAGAAGCUACUGGUGAUGUUGUUGGAAAGUGUAUACGUGGAAGGCUUACUACAGACACUAUAAGAAAUACUGCAUUUGGGCUGACCAAUAAUGGUAUUUUCUUCACGGAAUACCCAGUGAUUGGAUACCAAAAUCGACUUCAAGCAUCAGGAGGCUGCCUUAAAGGCCUGAUAGAUGCUAAAAUAACUACGUGUCGUUGGGAUCCUAGAGUCAAUGGUUUAUUCUUUCACCAAACCACAAUUAGCAUUGCACUUUCUAAAGCUAAGGAUUUCAUCCAAGAUAUACAAAAGCUUGUAAGUAUCGCACCACAAUCGUUGUGCGGUUUAGAUAUAUACAAUGGGAUCCUUAUGAGAUAUGUUACCGGCUCAAAUGCAUACAUAGGCGAACAAGAAGACUCAUUGGAGUUCGACAUCACAUAUUAUAGAAGUAAAGAUCCCAAAACUCCAAGACUUUUUGAAGAUGUGUUAGAAGAGAUCGAACAAAUGGCGGUGUUUAAGUACAGUGGUUUACCGCAUUGGGGGAAGAAUAGAAAUGUGGCAUUUGAAGGAGCUAUCAAGAAGUACAAAAAUGCUGCAGAGUUUUUGAAGGUUAAAGAGAAAUAUGAUCCAUUAGGGUUAUUCUCAAGUGAGUGGACAGAUCAAGUUUUAGGACUCAAAGGAGGUCUAACCAUUGUUAAGGAGGGUUGUGCACUUGAAGGUUUGUGUGUGUGCUCAGAGGACAUUCAUUGUGCACCCGAAAAAGGUUAUUUGUGUAGGCCUGGGAAAGUCUUUCAGGAUGCAAGGGUCUGUACUUUGGUUCAAGUCUCGACUCAAUCGUCAUCAAAAGCUGAACUUUAAGGUUUAUAUAGUUAUUAGUUUGAAUCUCCUUGUAAAAAAGGAUUAUCAAAACCAUACCCAUACCUAUGUUCUUUGUC